AUAAACACUUAUCAGGUAGAAUGAUCAAUAGGAGCUGUUUAUGUUUUGAUGCCUUUACAUUACUAACAUUAUAGUACAAUUUUCUGUAUAUAAGCCGGUGCAUUUUGUUCCUAUGCAUUUAUUUUUGUGAAGAUAUCCCCAAUAGACAGACAUGAACGCCUUUAUUUGUGUAUUCCUGAUUGCUUUAUCAGCACAAGCCUUAUUGGCUACACCAACAGCAACAACUUUCUCUCAAAUGAAAGUCGAUGAUGGACUGUUUUGUAAGGAUCUUUGCAAGUAUGACUUAUCUGGUCCGGGAUGUAACGUUGAUUGCUCUGGAAUUACACCAGAAGCUUUUGAUGUCACUCCUGAUUUCUGUGAUAUUUUGUGCAAGCAUGGAUUAGGCAACAAUCGCUGCAAAUGUGAAAAUGUCGAAAAAUUUACCAAAAAUGAAAAUGUCCUCGUCUGCUUUGGAUUCAGCAUCUUCUAUAAUCUUUCGAUCAAGGGAUGUCCAUACUGUCCUUUCAUCGAUCCAGAAAAUCAUAAAUCAAUUCCAAAACCAGACGACAUCCGAGGAUUCUAUGAGAAGUUUAUUGUUACACCAGAAGAUAAACAUUUGUCAGAUGAAACCAAGAAAAUGUAUUGUGGCUUUGUCUGCAAGACUAACAAGAACGUAUCUUACUGCAAAUGUGGAAAGGAAUAAAGUGGAUUGAUUUGAACUGAAGUGGAUUUUUCAGUGCUGAUACAUUUUUUUCAUAAUUUUGUGGCUUUAUGCCUUUUUUUUAAACUUGCUAAUAAAACUUUGAGACUGAACAUUAAUUAAA